AUGGCUGAACAACUACUGGAUCAAGUGAGGGACGCAGUGGAUGGUCAAAUUGAUUUUGAAGGUCAAAAGCUAGCUGAAAUUUUAGCAACAGUUGUCCUCUCAAUUGUUGGAGGCAUUUCGUUCCUCGCCGGCUUCAUUCUCCAAGACAUAACCCUGGCCCUCAAAAUCGGGUUGGUCGGCACAGCACUUACCUUCCUACUUGUUGUCCCUCCUUGGCCCUUCUUCAAUUCGCACCCCGUCAAAUGGCUCCCUGUCGGAGGCGAGCCAACAAUCACGAAUACACAGCAAAGCAUAGUUAUUGACGAGAAGCUUUUCACGAAAUAA